AUGGAGAUACCCGACCCCAUAAUCCCAGCCGCCCUUGAGAUUAAAACCCGUAGCAUAGAACAGACUCUUCUCCCACUAGUGAAACAGAUUUCAACGCUGGUAUCGCACCGAGAAAGGCCAUUAUGCUCCGACCGCAGUCUACGUGCUGUGGCACGAGUUGGCCAAGCGGUGAAUCUUGCUGUAGAGAGAUUUGUUACCGUCGGAGAAACAAUAGCAGAUGACAAUCCUGAAAUCAAACAGACCAUGUAUGACGCUUGUAAAGAAGCUAGAGUUGCUGGUGGUGCCAUUGAAAAACUGUGUGAGUGCGCGAUGGAGGACAGUUUAACAGAUAGAGGAUCCGUUGUGAGGGCGGCGAGGUGUCUUUUGGGCUCGGUCACCAGGGUUCUGCUCCUGGCGGAUAUAGUGGUUGUUAAACAACUGCUAUUAGCCAAAGACAAAGUGGCCCGCAGUCUCGGGCGACUCGAAAGCGUUUCAAACUUUACUGAAUUCGUAAAAGCAUUCAGUCAGUUUGGGGCCGAAAUGGUCGAGCUUGCACAUUUGACCGGGGAUAGGCAGAAUGAUUUAAAAGAUGAAAGACGGCGAGCACAAAUGGCUGCAGCCCGGCAAGUACUUGAGCGAAGCACAAUGAUGCUUUUGACGUCAAGUAAAGCUUGUUUACGGCAUCCCGAGUGUACCUCGGCUAAAGAAAACCGAGAUACGGUAUUUUGCCAAAUGAGAAGGGCCAUGGACUUGAUUCAUUAUGUCGUGAAGGACGGAGUGCUUGACUGCAAUGAAUCUCAGUCUUACUCAAACGCACAGAGUCCUCAGCAACAAGAUUGGGACAGCAGUACAGUCAGUUCAGCGCUAAAAAAUUUUGAACGCAUGGUUGAGACCACUAGAAUGACGUUAAAUUUACCUGAGUGUAGAGAAACGUUGACUUCAACGAUUGACACAGUAGUUGAGAGGACACAAGACUUUACGGAUAGCGCGUACACGAGUCAUGAGCAUCGCGAAAAUAUUUUACUGCUUUGUGAUCGAGUGAAACUUGAACUAAAUUCACUUUUGAGAGUUGGCAAUAGCAUGCAAAACUAUGAAAGCGGACCAACAUCACCGAAUUCGGAAUUAGAUCAAGCGGUGUUGGGAGUAUUAAAAGCCACACGUGAUUUACGGUUGCAAUUAGCGACCACGACAAUGGAACAGGCUGGUGAUCUUGGACAAGUUACUAAAGCCGGACAAGAAUUAGUAUCGACAAUUCGUAAUCUCGCUUUAGCCAGUGAAAUUGACAGAUUACAGGAGAGUAGCGAUCGAUUCCACGAGUACAUUGAGCAUAUUCUCGAAGUGUGUAAAUUAUUAAGACACAUUGCACUGUCAGAAUCAUUACAAGUAUCAGCGAAAUUCACCGAAAUAAACUUGCGUAUUUACGGACCGCAAGUUGUUACCGCAGCUCAUACAUUGGCUCGUUAUCCCACAAGCAAAAUAGCCAAAGAAAACCUCGAGGUGUUUGCUGACAUGUGGCAAUGGCUUAUGUCUGAUGUGACAACUGUGGCCAAAGACGUGCUAGAGCUCUGUCAAAGUCGCCCGGAAAAGCAAGUUUACAUGUCAUUACCGCGUCCAGGCAAACACGGAACAACAAGCAAGCCAUUGAAGCCAGUGCGACUAGACAGCGAAGAGCAAGCGAAAAUCGCCAAAGCUGGGCUGGAAAUGAAGUUGAUCACCUCGGAGAUGGAUGCAGAGACGGAAAAGUGGCAGGAGAGCGGAAACUCACAGCUAGAAGAAAAUAACGACAUCGUGAAACGGGCAAAAAAUAUGUCUUCCAUGGCCUUCUCGAUGUACCAGUUUACACGCGGAGAAGGUGCACUAAAAACUACCCAGGACCUGUUCACCCAGGCAGAGUACUUCGCCGAGGAGGCUAAUCGUUUGUACAAAGUCGUGAGACAAUUUAGUUACCAGGUCCCUGGUGGCCCCAAUAAGAAAGACCUGCUGGAGAAUCUCGAUCGGGUGCCGACUUAUGUCCAGCAGCUUCAAUUUACUGUGAAAAAUCCGACUGUUGGAAAAGCCGCGACCUUUACUAAAGUUGACAAUGUUAUACAGGAGACGAAGAAUCUUAUGAAUAUCAUAUCAAAAGUGGUUACUACCUGCUUCGAAUGCGCAACAAAGUACAAUCUAGAUUUCCGCGGAUUAUCAGCCCGAGGGUCUGGUGGAUCACCCUACCGAGGAGGUGACAAUUCCGGAGAUGGAGACGGUACCGGAGUUGGAGCUGAUGGCAGCAAAAGUGGAUCAGCCCCCGGCAGCGACCCGUCUGUCUGA